UCAGUACGUCAUAAGCUUUAGUGACCCUCAAAACCCACAGCAACAACAGAGACCGUUGCAUUGUUGCAAGUGCUGUGAGGAAAACUAUCUUGUACAGCAUCGUGCCAGCCACAUAUAUACACUCAGGCAGGAGUGUAUAUACACCCAGGAGGAAAGAAAUAUAAACAGUGGGAUAACUGCGGCGUGUUGGGAGGUGGAAGAGGUUCCGUGUGAAGUGGGAAGACUGCUAGUGUAGCUGCUGCUAGUGGAGCUGCUGCUAGUGUAGCUGCUGCUAGUGGAGCUGCUGCUAGUGGAGCUGCUGCUAGUGUAGCUGCUGCUAGUAUGGGACGCUACUCGAGUGAUACAGACAGUGAACGGAUUAACAGGAGGCGGCGUAAAAGCAGGUCUCGGAGUAGCAGUAGUACAAGUUCCAGAAGUCGUCACCGGCAUCAUAAAAAGUCACGAAGACACAGAAGACAUUCUUCGAGUCGUUCUUACAGUCGCUCACGUAGUCCAUCACCCAGUCGUAGGUCCCAUUCGUUAAGUCGUGAUCGGGAUAGAGACCGCCAUAGGCGUCGCCGCAGCCCCUCUCGAUCCAGAUCAAGAUCAAGAGACAAAUCUAGCCGGAAGCAUAAGAAGUCUAAACACAAGCAUAGAAGGCGCAGCUCCAGCUCAGAUUCAGAACGCAGUGAAAAAUACUCAAAAUCACGGUCAGCUAGAAGCAGCAUAGAUCGUGACCGCAGUAGCAGAGGUUCUACAAAGGAUCGUGACAGGAGAGAGAAAGAUAAAGAAAGAGAUAAAGAUAAGGAGAAAGAAAAGGCUCUUAGUCCCAUACUAGAAGUGACGUCUGCAAAAAAACAAGAUAUGUCAGAGUCUGAGAAAUUAGCGUAUUCCCGGGUUGUCGAGGAGAUCGAAGAAGAUGGGUUUGUUCAGCAGGCCUUCAAGUCCAGCCGUGGUGACAAGGCACCAAAAAAGCAAACUGAUAGUAAAAGCGGAGAAUUUAACUUUGGAACUCAAGCAGAAUUAACUGCGAAAGCUGGGAAAUUUAUUCCACUUAGUGAUGACAGUCUUUUCAGUCCACAUCUGUUUGGUGAUCCCGAGGAACGAGAAGAAAAGUACCUCCGCAGGAUUUUCUCACUUCGUCAAAAGGCUUUGCUUGGAGAACCAAUAUAAGAGUUGAAACAAGGAUAAUUACAGAUUAUUUUAGUUAAUGCUGACUUGCCUACUAGCAUGUACUGUUUCUUGCAUGAAUUAAUUUAAAAAAAAUAUACAACUUUUGGUAGCUGUUACGUCUGAAUACAAUCACAUUGUAUAAAGUGCAAAUCCCAUGUUACCAUUUUCUCUACAAGAAAUGUAAAAUAAUUUAUCAAAACUAAGUCUUCGAAAACCACAAUAUUGUUAAAUUUUCUGACCAUGGGCCUUUGAUAAGUGCCUAAUUACACAGUACUGUAUGUAUACAUAAAACACUUUAAAUUGUGAA